AUCACAGGCGUGAGAUGCCACACCUGGCCUCUUUUUAUUUUUAAUGGAGUGGCUUGUUUUCUUAUUACUCGGUCUUGGGAGUUCCUCAUGGAUGCUGGAUUUCAGUCUCGUCUCAGGUGUAUGCGUUUUGUAGAUGGCUUCUGUAGGGACCAGCCCCACAGGGUUGGUGGGUUUCUCCCUGUGUGCUGAGAUGAGAGAGCAUAGAAAUAAAGACACAAGACAAAGACAUAAAAGAAAAGACAGCUGGGCCUGGGGACCACUACCACAAAGACAUGGAGACCGGUAGUGGCCACGAAUGUCUGGCUGUGCUGAUAUUUAUUGGAUACAAAGCAAAAGGGACAGGGUAAAGAGUGUGAGUCAUCUCCAAUGAUAGGUAAGGUCACGUGAGUCACGUGUCCACCGGAUGGGGGGCCCUUCCCUGUUUGGCAGCCAAGGCGGAGAGAGAGAGAGACAGCUUACGCUAUUAUUUCUGCAUAUCAGAGACUUUUAGUAUUUUCACUAAUUGACUACUGCUAUCUAGAAGGCAGAGCCAGGUGUACAGGAUGGAACAUGAAGGCGGACUAGGAGCGUGACCACUGAAGCACAGCAUCGCAGGGAGACGGUCAGGCCUCCAGAUAACUGCGGGCGGGUCUGACUGAUGUCAGGCCCUCCACAGGAGGUGGAGGAGUAGAGUCUUCUCUAAACUCCCCCGGGGAAAGGGAGACUCCCUUUCCCUGUCUGCUAAGUAGCGGGUGUUUUUCCUUGACACUGACGCUACUGCUAGAUCACGGUCCACCUGGCAACAGGCAUCUUCCCAGACGCUGGCAUCACCGCUAGACCAAGGAGCCCUCUGGUGGCCCUAUCCGGGCGUAACAGAAGGCUUGCACUCUUGUCUUCUGGUCACACCUCACUGUGUCCCCUCAGCUCCUAUCUCUGUAUGGCCUGGUUUUUCCUAGGUUAUAAUUGUAGAGCAAGGAUUAUUAUAAUAUUGGAUUAAAGAGUAAUUGCUACAAGCUAAUGAUUAAUAAUAUUCAUAUAUAAUCAUGUCUAUGAUCUAGAUCUAGUAUAACUCUUGUUAUUUUAUAUAUUUUAUUAAACUGGAACAGCUCGUGCCCUCAGUCUCUUGCUUCGGCAUCUGGGUGGCUUGCUGCCCCCAGUUUUCCUGCUGUAUCUAACUGCUGGCUUAGGUGAACUUGUCAGGGGCGUGGCUGGGAACUGGAACCUCCUGAAGACCAGUGGAGGCCACAAGCAGAAGCCCUCGGCUCCUUCCCUUCCCUGAUGCUGGGGGCCAAGGGUCUUUCUCUGACCCUGUCCCCCCUCACGUUACCAGUGGAGGGUGUCCAGGUUCUUGGCAUUUUGAACAAAGAAUUGGACAAAACACACAAAGCAAGGAAAGAAUGAAGCAACAAAAGCAGAAAUUUAUUGAAAAUGAAAGCACUCUCUACAGGGUGGGAGCGGGCCGAGCAAGCAGCUCAAGGGCCCCGGUUACAGAAUUUUCUGGUGUUUCAAUAUCCUCUAGCAGUUUACCAUUGGUUACUUGGUGUAUGCCCUACAUAAAUGAAAAGGAUGAAGUCAAAGUCAUUUUCUCAGCUGAGCAUACUGUCACGCCUGUAAUCCCAGUACUUUGGGAGGCUGAGGUGGGUGGAUCACCUGAGGUCGGGAGUUCAAGACCAGCCUGAUGAACACGGAGAAACCCCGUCUCUACUAAAAAUACAAAAUUAGCUGGGUGUGGUGGCGGGUGCCUGUAAUCCCAGAUAGUCAGGAGGCUGAGGCAGGAAAAUCGCUUAAACCCGGGAGGCAGAGGCUGCAGAGAGCCAAGGAGUGCACCACUGCACUCCAGCCUGGGCAACAAGAGCAAAACUCCAUCUCAAAAAACAAACAAACAAACAAACAAAACGAAGUCAUGUACUCGGUAUGAGCCCUACGUAAACGGAGAGGAUGGAGUGAAGGUACAAAGCCAUUAACAUUCCCGUCAUCUUUGGUGUUUCCAGUUGAUUUGGUUCUAGGACGCCCUUGGGCUCCCUGCGUCCAGGCCCUCUUCUCCUGCCUCACUCUCACUCCAGAGGACUGGCAGUGCUGGCCUCCCUGGCAGGACUCCCGCCCCUGACCAGAGGGGUCUGGGCGUGCUCCGAGGCCACCUGCUGCUCCUUGCCCAGUGUCCCGGGUGCUCUGUGGGGACACAGAGAGGUCACUUGGGAGGUUCCCGCCUCUGCCAGACCGCGGCGCCUUCCUGGCAUCAUUGCCCCCUGCACGCUUAUACAACCAGUGAUAAGGCGGUAUCCAAUGCCGUAAUCCUCCCCAGGGCCAGCCCAGCCCUGUCUGGUUCCGUCUGGUCCCUGGCCUGCUUGCUGGGAGCCCAGCUGGGGGCUGCAUCGGGGGUGGUGGGGGUCUGAAGUGAGGAGUGCCCAGGCCUCUCUCACAGUGUGGGGGCACAAGCUCUGCCCUGGACACUCUGCCAGUGUGACCCUACCCCCCAUGUUGGGGGUGAGAGAAUGGGGCUUUCUGGGUGGCCAGAUCCCAGGAGAGGGGGCCUAGCCAGACCAAUCCCAGCCCAGCUGUCUGCAGCUGUACCCCAAAGGCCCUGGCCCAGCCCAGCCAGACAGAGUGUGGACAGAGGGGCUUGGGUGCGAGUCCAGGCAAGGCAGGACAAGUCUCUGCUGUGGCUUGGCAGUGGCCCCGUGAUUGGUGACAUGUCUGGCAGGCCUAGGGGACAAAUCCUCAGCCCGGGUGCAUCAGGCCAGAGCCUGGCUGUCUGGAGCCCUCCAGGAAAUGACCCCCCGGGCUGGGGGACAUCCGAGUGAUUGUGCCAAACAAUGGACAAGGGGGCCGGAGUCUCAGAGCCGAAGUGCCUUCCGCUUCCAUCUGCUCCGCCCAGGAGCAGGUGCACCCAGGUGGUGGCCUGGGCUAUAAAGCUGGCCCCCUGGGGCUUGGGGACUCAGCACCAGGGGCUGGAGGGCAGGGGAUGAUGUCAUUCCUGCUCGGCGCAAUCCUGGCCCUGCUCUGGGCGCCCACGGCUCAGGCUGAGGUUCUGCUGCAGCCUGACUUCAAUGCUGAAAAGUUCUCAGGCUUCUGGUACGUGGUCUCCAUGGCAUCUGACUGCAGGGUCUUCCUGGGCAAGAAGGACCACCUGUCCAUGUCCACCAGGGCCAUCAGGCCCACAGAGGAGGGCGGCCUCCACGUCCACAUGGAGUUCCCGGGGGCGGACGGCUGUAACCAGGUGGAUGCCGAGUACCUGAAGGUGGGCUCCGAGGGACACUUCAGAGUCCCGGCCUUGGGCUACCUGGACGUGCGCAUCGUGGACACAGACUACAGCUCCUUCGCCGUCCUUUACAUCUACAAGGAGCUGGAGGGGGCCCUCAGCACCAUGGUGCAGCUCUACAGCCGGACCCAGGAUGUGAGUCCCCAGGCUCUGAAGGCCUUCCAGGACUUCUACCCGACUCUGGGGCUCUCCGAGGACAUGAUGGUCAUGCUGCCCCAGUCAGAUGCAUGCAACCCUGAGAGCAAGGAGGCGCCCUGACACCUCCGGAGCCCCGCCCCCGCCCUUCCCAGGUGGAGCCAAAGCAGCAGGUGCCUUCGCCCCUGGAGUCGAGACCCACAGCCCUCGGGGACCACCUGGAGUCUCUCCAUCCUCCACCCCCCGCCUGUGGGAUGCCUUGUGGGACGUCUCUUUCUAUUCAAUAAACAGAUGCUGCAGCCUCA